AUGGAGCAUAGCUUUUGGCAGCUGGGCGACGAGCUGCGAGGACAGUCUAAAGUCUCCAAGGAUCAAUAAUGGUUGGUGGCGGCUUCAAGAUUGGCCGAGCAGACAAGGUCAAAGCCUAAGCGAAGGAUCAAUCUAGAUCUCUCGAAGACUGCUACUGAAUUCAGGCCCAGGGGUACUUCUGGUUUUCAGGAAGAUAACAAGUUUGAGAGUUUCAAUUUCAACAUGUUAAACAUGGAGCCAAGGCUGAACGAGAACGUGACCAAAACUUCCUUUAGCAAUGACAUCUACAAUAUGAAUGCUGUUUAUCAAAAUCCCAACAUCAGCUCUAUGGGGAACAUCUCUGGAAGCAAAUAUAACAAUAUCAACCCCAUGAAGGAGUCUAACAACGGCCACAUCAACAACCAUAAUACCAAGGACGAUGCCAUUAAUUCCAAUGGUGCAGCUGACAAAAGGUUUAAGAUAUUGCUUGCUGCCGAGACGCUCCCUAGGAAUGAAGUGCUCGGUGGAUAUAUCUUUGUCUGCAAUAACGAUACAAUGUAGGAGGAUCUGAAGCGACAACUGUUUGGUUUGCCUCCCAGGUAUAGGGAUUCUGUGAGGGCAAUAACACCUGGUUUACCUUUAUUUCUCUACAACUACACCACUCACCAGUUGCACGGUAUCUUUGAGGCAACGGCGUUUGGAGGUUCCAACAUAGAUCCUACUGCUUGGGAAGAUAAAAAGUGCAGAGGUCAAUCAAGGUUCCCUGCUCAGGUGAGAGUUCGUGCUAAGAAACCCUGCAACCCUCUGGAUGAAGAUGCUUUCAGGCCCGUCUUGCAUCACUAUGACGGCCCUAAGUUUUGCCUGGAGCUCUCUGUAACUGAGACCUUGGACUUGCUAGAUCUCUGCGAACAAGCUGGCGCAUAAAAUGCAGUUGCUUACAUGAUUCAGACCAGCAUAAAUAAAUUGUAGUAAUGUGUGUAGAUGCCGUGGUUUGUGUUAUGCAUUGCGUGCGUGAGCGCAAGCUUGAGGAGGCGAAUCUAGUCAAGUCGAGUAUUGUCGAGAGUAGAAUCGGCUUUGUCUGUGGCCAAAUAAAUGUAGUGUUUGUUUUGUGAAGAUGCAAGUAGAUUCAGUAUCACUUGCCCUUGUAAUAUUUACAGAGGUCUAUAUGUAAGAAGAAAGGAGGUUGCACUAAUGGCCGCCUAUAUAUAUUUUAGAAUAUGAUAAAUGUGUUCCUAUCUCGUGCUAAA